UGAGUGAAUGCUGGAUCGCGGCGGGCGGGCGGGGCGGCGGCGGGGACCGCCCCGGAAGGCGGGGGCGGGGGCGGGCGGUGAGAGUCCGGGCCGGCCCGCGGCUGCCCCAGACGGCGGCGGCCGCCACCUGCGCACCAUGUCCCCGGCUUCGCUGCGCCCGCGGCUGCGGCUCCUGGCACUGGGGCUCGGGCUGGUCCUGCUGCGCGCCGCGGCCGGGGAGCGGGGGCCAGGUAGGCCGGGCGGGGGCACGGGCGGCACCGACUGGGGGCGUGGGGUCCGACUCAGGGGCUCCCCACACCCGGCGCCCCCCGGACAAGGCACCACCCCCUGCUCCCGCGGCAGCGCCUGGAGCGCCGACCUCGACAAGUGCAUGGACUGCGGCUCCUGCCCCGCGCGGCCGCACAGCGACUUCUGCCUGGGCUGUGCCGCGGCCCCCCCCACCUCCUUCCGGCUGCUCUGGCCCAUUCUGGGGGGCGCCUUGGGGCUGCUGCUGGUGCUGGGGCUGCUGGCCACCUUCCUGGUCUGGAAACGGUGCCGCAGGAGAGAGAAGUUCACCACCCCCAUCGAGGAGACCGGCGGGGAGGCCUGUCCCGGCGUGGCGCUCAUCCAGUGACGCGAGCGCCCCCUGCCCGUAGGGGCGGCCCAGUCCUCACUCAUUCAUUCAUCCAUUCAUUCGUCCUGGAGCCAGCUCCAGCAUCCCAGACACAGCCAGAGCCAGGCUGCUCCAACCACAGGGUGCGGAGGGAUGGGGGGACGAGUGAGUCACCCCUCUGCGGAGCCUGCCAAGGUGUCUGACCGCCGGACACACUCCCGGACCGACGAGGAGCCCACGCAGCCCCGCCACACACUAAGGAACUGCAGCAGCAUUUGCACAGGGGGUCUCCCCUCCCCCAGACACACAGCUGGAGGCCAGGCUGACCUGGGCAACCUCCCUUCGAAUUGACAUUUCAAACACAGGGGUCCCUCCGGGGUUAGGGGCCUGAUCCUAAUAACACUAGGGGGCUGGCCCUCCAGGAGGGGGGGCUGGCCCUCAGACACUGCCCCCCAUCCCUGAAAGGGGAUAGAUAUUUAUUUUGGGAGAUCCUUUUGAGGGGCGGGAGAAUUUAUUAUUAAUAAAAGAAUCUUUAACUUUAAA